AUGUUCUUCUUCCUGCUCAACCUGGCCCUCACUGACCUGGGCUCCAUCUGCACCACUGUCCCCAAAGCCAUGCACAAUUCCCUCUGGCACACCAACAACAUCUCCUACUCUGCAUGUGCUGCUCAGCUGUUUUUCUUUUUGUUCUUCAUCUCAGCAGAGUUUUCCCUCCUGACCAUCAUGAGCUACGACCGCUACGUGUCCAUCUGCAAACCCCUGCACUACGGGACCCUCCUGGGCAGCAGAGCUUGUGCCCACAUGGCAGCAGCUGCCUGGGCCAGUGCCUUUCUCAAUGCUCUGCUGCACACAGCCAAUACAUUUUCCCUGCCCCUGUGCCAUGGCAAUGCCCUGGGUCAGUUCUUUUGUGAAAUCCCCCAGAUCCUCAAACUCUCCUGCUCACACUCCUACUUCAGGGAACUUGGGCUUCUUGCUGUUAUUGUCUGUUUGGUAUUUGGUUGUUUUGUGUUCAUUGUUUUCUCCUAUGUGCAGAUCUUCAGGGCUGUGCUGAGGAUCCCCUCUGAGCAGGGAAGGCACAAAGCCUUUUCCACCUGCCUCCCUCACCUGGCCGUGGUCUCUCUGUUCAUCUGCACAGCAGUGUUUGCCUACCUGAAGCCCCCCUCCAUCUCCUCCCCAUCCCUGGAUCUGGCCCUGUCAGUUCUGUACUCAGUGGUGCCUCCAGCCCUGAACCCCCUCGUCUACAGCCUGAGGAACCAGGAGCUCAAGAUGUUGAAACCCUGCUCGGAGACUUACAAUGGGUUUGAAACAUCGUUGGCGUAUCAAAUGAAGAUCUUGCUCCGUUACGACGACUUCUCAAAGUCAGUGUGUGCCAUCAUCAUGCAGUGGCAAAAGAAAAAAGAGGAAGAGUCGAUGGACCAAGGCAGCUGUGAGAAUGCAGAAUACAACAGAUCGACUGUCAACCGCAGAGAAAUCGAGUGA